AUGCAAUCCUUUAUUACAUACUUUGCCUUGGUGAUAACCCUAUUGGUCAAUUCCAUCCAUGCUUUACAUUUAGAAAUCCCAUCUUUACCAACCCCAAGUCCAAUUUGUAUUCGUGAUUUUGUUCAAGAAAAUCAAAUGGUUGUUAUAAAUAUUAAGACUGAUGGUUCUAGGGGAGAUGGUCAAAGAUUAGAAUUAAAAGUUAGUGAUCUGAUUGGUAAUGAAUAUAGAAACACUAAAGAUGUUGUUGGACAUGCAAAAGUUGCUUUUACUUCCCAUCAUAAUGCUGCUUUUGAUAUUUGUUUAACUAAUUAUCAAGAAAAUAAAUGGCAACAACAUCAACAAACUUUUAGAUCUGUUGAAUUGGACAUUGAAAGUGGUGCAGCUGCUAGAGACUGGAAUGCUUUACAAGCUAGUGAAAAAUUGAAGCCUGUUGAAGUUGACUUGAAAAGAAUUGAAGGAUUGACUGCUGAAAUUGUCGAACAAUUACAAUAUUUGAAAACUAGAGAAGAAAGAAUGAGAGAUACUAAUGAAUCUACAAACUCAAGAGUUAAAUGGUUUUCUAUUAUUAUUAUAUUAUCCUUGGUUGGUUUUGGUGUUUGGCAAAUACAAUACUUGAGAAACUAUUUCAAGGUUAAACAUAUUAUCUAG